AUGCUGCUCAUUGCGACAAUUCCUCUGGCAUUUGCGCUCACUUAUUCAAGUCCACAAGCAAGCAAUAUUGACAAAAAAGCUACUGAAAAUGGAGGAUCCACAUCCAAUAUUGGAAAGGGAGACAAAUUUAAUUUCUUCGUUGACCGUGAACAUUCUUCUUGGCCAGAAUUGACUGAAGUUUUUAAAUAUCAAGACUGGGAAGACCAUACACCCCUUCGGACAACUGAAUUUCUUCCAAAGAAUAUUACCAGUUGUACUGUUUAUGGAUUUGCUUGUACUGCUCAGCCGUACAUUGUUGUGUCGAAGAAUCGUCGUUGUGACGGACAUCCAGAUUGUGAGGAUGGAAGCGAUGAAAUUGACUGUCAAGAAUGUCAAGCAACGCUUUCUUGCCCAGCAUCAACCAUCAACAAAAAUUCAAAGCGAAGGAUUUGUUUAGUGGGUAAUCAUCUCUGUGAUGAAUACAAACACUGUCCUGGUUCAGAGGAUGAAACUCUUUAUUGCAAUCGUAAAGAAUGUUCAGUUGAUGAGUAUCGGUGCAAGGACGUUGAUAUGUGCAUUCCAAAUAAUGCAAUUUGUGACGGAGAAAAUCAUUGUCCAUUUGGUGAUGAUGAACAAAAUUGCAAAGAAUGCAAUGGAGGGUCAAAGAUGUGUGGUAAUGCAAAAGGGGGAAUUUGCUUGGCAAAACGUUAUCUUUGUGAUGGUUUUGUUGACUGUCACAUUGACGCAAGUGAUGAAAAGGAUUGUGAUUGUGCCUCUUGUUCAGGCAAAUUCUCUGCUCUCUGCAAUGGAACAAGUAAGAUGUGUAUUUCCAAAGAUAGUGUUUGUAAUGGCCGUUUUGACUGUCCUGAUGGUGAAGAUGAAAAUGGUUGUCCAGGCGUUUGUCCUCUUACAAAAUUGUCAUUAAUGAAGAAUCAGGAGGGAAGCAACUCAAGCAGCCACAAUUCCGUUCUUUGCAAUGACGGUCUUUUCCACGAUUGGUCACAUGCAUGUGAUGGCCUUCUCGAAACAUGCCGUUUUAAAUGUAAAGAGUGCAAUCCUGCUAGAGCCUUCCAAUGUCAUUCAAACAACGGAAAUGGAACAAAUGUUUUUGAUAAAAUGUUUCCAGAGUGCAUUCAUCGUUCUUUGGUCUGUGAUGGAAAACCUGACUGCCUUGACGGAUCUGAUGAGUUGGACUGCAGCUGCAAAACCCCUCGCAUGAAUGAAUGUCACAGUAAGACUGCUUUUCGUCGCUGUUAUUCUAACUUUCACAAGUGUGAUGGUUAUUCUGAUUGUUUGGGAGGAGAAGAUGAACGCAAUUGCACUGCCUGUACCAAUGGAGCUUUUCUCUGUCAAACCGAAGGUCGUUGUAUCCCCCCUAACGCGCGUUGCAAUGGGGAGCCUGAUUGCUUGGACGAAUCAGAUGAAAUGAACUGCACUUGUAAAGAAUGUUCUCGACACUCUAAACAAAUGUACAUGUGUGAGACUGCUCAGCGCUGUUAUCCAUUAAAUAAAGUCUGUACUCCUUACAGUGUUUGUGCAAAUGCAACUCGGAUGGAUAAAAUGUUUUGUGCAAUUCGUGGCCAUGAAUACUUCUGA